GGGACAAUGAAGCUGGUAAAAGAUUCAUGCAUGUGACGGAAGGGAAGGGAAAAUGAAACUGGUAAAAGAUUCACCAGCGGCAUAUUUUGGGAGGAGAGACGCAACCGUCGAUGCGCGUUACGAGCGAGCGUUUUGAUUCAGUGCCGGGUGGCGCUCGUCGAUGUACGUGAUUAAGUUAUCGGAUUUCUCUUUGCAGGGCGUGGCAAUCCAAUGAAAUCGGAGUCAUGGAACGCACACCUUGUCAACCACCAUUCCGGUGUCCAAUCAGUGGAUCGUACGUGUCGAUGUUUUUGCUGUUGAAUGCGAGACAUUCCAACCAUUCUAAUGGAGACGUAGCAGACAACUUGCCCUUCAAGGCAUGGACAGAAACUAAUAGGUCAGGGAGAGAGAAGUCACCGGAGGAAGGCAGCUUUUUAAAAGUCCUCCCGCACAUCAAGCCGCGACAGGCCCAGCACAGGGAAAGAACCUUGUCGGUGAGGCACAUAAAAAAAAUGCUCCAGUUCCCUCAAAACCCUGCAUCCUGUCCCCUCUUGUGUCCCCUCUAGAUUCUCAUAAUCUCUACCUGGAUAUAUAUAGAGAAAGAGGCUCGCAGGUAUUCUCAUGUCGCUCCUUUGAUCUCAGAGAAAGAGAGAGAGAUACAACUGUUUAGAAUGGAGUUGGAGCUCGGCCUUUCACUCCCCAGCUCAGAUAUGAUGAUGGAGAAGAGGAUCAAGACUAACUUUUGCAAGAAAAGAAGCUUCGACGAGGUGCUCGACGAAAAGACUGUCACUUUACCCCUCUUCCUGCAGAGGGAGGAAGAUGGCCACGGCAACAGCGACAGUGAGCUUAACUAUGGUGGAGGUAGAGUUAUAGUUGGUUGGCCGCCGGUGAAAUUGCCGAGGAGGAGGACGAACUGUGUGAAGGUAAACAUGGAGGGGAUUGCGAUAGGCAGGAAGGUGGACCUCUCCCUCCAUGACUCUUACCAGGCUCUCUUCCGCACGUUGUACAUGAUGUUUCCUAAGAAACAUGAAGACUUAACAUAUGCACAUGUACGUCGUACAGAGGAAGAAGAUGGAGGGUGUGACUAUAAGGUGACUUAUGAGGAUGAGGAUGGGGACUGGAUGCUGGUCGGAGAUGUGCCGUGGGAAGCUUUCAUCAUGUCAGCGAAGCGUCUCAGGAUAAUCAACUAGGAAGCAAAAGGAAAGAUGAUUAAUACUAGCUAGCAAUAUCUAGUUGCUAUAUAUGUGUAUUUUAGUUUCUCUGAAUGAAUCUCUAGUUAAACA